UUCCAUGUGCAUGAGUUCUCAUUAUCAUGACGUACAUGAUACAGAGAGUUCCAUCGAUCCCCGGCAGAAAGUCGCACGUCCUAAAGGCAAUGGGAGGAAGUGCGCAUGCGCAGCAGCAGGACACGGUCUUUAAGGGGACGAAGGAGAAACCAGCAGGCGGCACCGGCUCGUCCUCCACACCAAAGCCGCUCCGGCUGUCCUUCUGCCCGCAUUCUUCUUCUUCUUCUUCUUGUCGUUAUUAUUAUUAUUAUUAUUAUUAUUGUUGUGGUGCUGCUGCCCCGAGGAUUGUUUCUUCCUUCCACUCGGGAUUGUAUCGUGGCGGAAGACGACCUCCGCUUCCUUCUCGCCGCCGCGGAGGUGUUGUCAUCCAGCGCUGGUGACAUUGAAGGAGGAGCACAUGAGGAGCACAGAAGCAUCCUGACUACACCUCCUGACCACGCCCACUAGGAAGACAGCCAGCGUUCCUCCUGCAGGCAUGAGGUCCUACCGCUCCUUCAGCAAUGACGACCGCCACGUGAUGGCCAAACACUCCUCCAUCUACCCCACCUGCCUCCACCUGGAGGCCGUGCAGACGCUGGUGUCCAACGUGGAGGCGGCCCUCAAGUACGUGUCGGACUGGCUGGAUCAGAACCAGGACCAAGACCAGGACCAGGACCAGGACCAGGACCACGGACAACUACCAGCAGACGACACGCAGAAGAAGGAGGAGGAGGUGGAGGAGGAGGGUGGAGAUGAAGCCCAGGGGUCCGGUGAAGGCUACAGGGAGAGUGGCAGAGUUCUGUGUGGCGUGAUGAGGAUCGGACUGGUGGCCAAGGGACUCCUCAUCCAAGGUGACCUGGACCUGGACCUGGUCUUGAUGUGCAGACACAAACCCACACACACGCUGCUGGACAACAUCGCACACAACCUGCCACAGCAGAUACAGAAGCUGACCCAGGAGAAGUACGAGGUCACCAGCUGCUUGCCCGAGGCGGCCAUCUUGGUACGUACCACGGCACAGCCCCAACUGGCGCUGAAGAUCAGCCUCACCUCGCCCGCCAUGAGGGAGGAGGGGGAGGAGGAGGAGGAGGAGGAAGAGGAGGAAGUGCAGGGACAGGAAGGGGAAGAAGACGUGGCGUUGGAUGGAGUGAAGGAUGGAGAAGAAGGCGAGGAAGAGGUGGCGUUGGAUGGAGUGAACGAGGAGGAGGAGGAGGAGGAGAAGAUGAACGGCCAUGUGUUGGCUGCUGCUGCUGAGGAGGAGGAGGAGGAGGAGGAAGAGGAGGUGCUGGAUAGACACAGAUGUCUGUCGGCCUUGGCAGCGCUGCGCCACGCCAAGUGGUUCCAGGCCCGAGUGGACGGACUCAAGUCCUGCAUCAUCGUCCUCAGGGUUCUGCGGGACAUGUGCAAGAGGCAGGCCGCCUGGGAGCCCCUCGACGGAUGGCCCCUGGAGUUGAUCUGUGAGAAGGCCAUCGCCACCUGCAGCAGACCCCUAGGGGCGGGGGAGGCCCUGCGUCGGGUCAUGGAGUGUGUGGCCUCGGGCAUCUUGCUCCCAGGUGGUCCUGGUCUACAUGACCCCUGUGAGAAGGAGCCCAUCGACACCUUAGCCCACAUGACGCACCAGCAGGCGGAGGCCAUCACCUGCAGCGCACAGCACGCGCUCAGGCUCAUCGCCUUUGGGCAGAUCUGCAAAGUGUUGGAGAUGGAGCCUCUUCCUUCCAGCAAACAGAAGUUCCCUUGGUGCGACAAAGAAGGCCUGGCCCUGAAGCGUCCUUACGAGGACGGCGUGAUGGACGACAGAGAGCUCAUCAAGAGGAUGAAGAGGAAUCUGAGAAAAGUUCUAGACAGCAAAGCCAUGGACUCCAACCAGCCGAUGAACGCCCUCAUGCGCUUGAACCAGAUCCGUCCAGGUCUACAGUACCGUCUGCUGUCCCAGUCGGGCCCGGUUCACGCGCCCGUCUUCACCAUGUCCGUGGACCUGGAUGGGACCGUCUAUGAGGCGUCGGGGUCCUCCAAGAAGACCGCCAAACUCCAUGUAGCAGUCAAGGUUCUUCAGGCGAUGGGCUACCCGACCGGGUUCGACUCCGACCUGGACCCCAUGAGCUCGGACGAGAAGUCUGACGGCGAGGGCAAGAGCGAGACGUCCUCGCACACCAGCAAUAACGCCACGCACGCCUCGGACAGCUCCAACACGCUGGAGGUGCGCACUCAGGGCCCCAUACUGACGGCCAGCGGCAAGAACCCGGUCAUGGAGCUGAACGAGAAGAGACGAGGACUCAAGUACGAGCUGAUCUCAGAGAGCGGUGGCAGCCACGAUAAACGCUUCGUCAUGGAGGUGGAGGUGGACGGGCAGAAGUUUCGGGGCGCGGGCCCCAACAAAAAAGUAGCAAAGGCCAGCGCCGCGUUGGCCGCCCUGGAAAAACUCUUUUCAGGUCCUAACGCCGCCGCCAACAAGAAGAAGAAACUGCUUCCUCAGACUAAAGGUGUGCUGGCGGCGGCGGUGGCUGCCCAGGUGGCCAGAGGAAGAGGAAGAGCCGCCCUAGCACGGGGAGCCUUCGUCAGCGCCGCCACUCCGGGAUACGUCACGCCAGCAGGUUUCGGGACGCCGUACGCCUACAGCCACGCUGCCGCCGCAGCUGCCGCCGCCGCCGCCGCUGCUCCCGCCUACGGAGGUCUUUUCAUUGACAAUCCCUUCUACCAGCCACGGGCCCUGGCCCCCUUCAUCAUCCACCUGGGCCCCCAGGAUCUCUUCUCUGACUUCUAGACUAAGCUCCUCCUCUUUUCCCGCCUUUCUCUCGUCCUUCCUCUGUGACGGCGACCAGACGGCGUCCGCUACACGUACAUGAAAGCAAUACUCGGAGACAAGCUGCUCUUUUCUAGCAAUACAGAAUGUGGUCCAUAUCAAUAAUGGUGAUUGUAUCCACCUGAUAUUAUACUCUAGAUGUAAAUACACCUUCUAUAUUAUAUCACACAUAUACAACUUUCUUCUUCCACUUUUCUAUAAGCUCCUGUCUACAAUGUGUAUCCACAAUAUAUACUCUAUCUUUGCUAUUUACUUCCUCUUUCUCCACACACACUUCCUGUCGGCCAGCACAUCUUUCAAAUGCGGGCAGGGGUGUGGCGUGUGUGUGUGUGUGCGUGCGCGCGUGUGUGUGUUUGUGUUUGUGUGUGCACAACAUAUGUCCCGCUUUAAAGACAGCGUCCUCCGCAGUAAACAUGUAAUGGGGGGGGCUCAACCCCAAUGUCUACUGCAGAGGACCUAGUCUGACAGGAGUACUAUGUAUAUUUUCCAAGUGCAGUACUUAGUACAAGGUAAUACUGCACAGUGCAGUACUUAGUAGGAGGUAAUACUGCACAGUGCAGUACUCAUACCUGCCAACUACUCCGGUUUUCCCGUAAUUCGUGCGGUUUUCAUCAACCUAUUCCGGGUUACGGUUGCAGUGAUAAAAAAAUACGGUUUUUCAUUAAUUAAAAAAAAAAAAAGGGUGAAAACUACGCGAAUUGCACCUUGUGCAGACAAGAUUUUUCGAUCGGACACGGAGGAAUUAGCGAUGUAAAAGACCACGUUGGGACAAAAAAACACAAGCCUAAUGCCGUUGCUAGCGAUACAAGUGGAAAACUUUCAACGUUUUUCGUCGCCCAAACAGAUUCUUUGGAUGUGAUAAAUGCCGAAGUUUUAUUUACGGAGGCAAUAAUUGAGCAUGGACUUCCAAUCGCACUGGCUGAUCACAUGGGACAGUUAAAUGUUUGUAAUGCAACCUUUAAAAAUCAUUACGCGGUGAUCGCGGUCCCAAAAAUAAACUUUUCUUGCAUGAUAAUGUCCAGAAAAAUUCGCUUUAUAUUACUAUAGAGUCCUUUUAACGAAUGAGUUUGAUGGUUUAUCACAAACCUUAAAUGAAAGAAGUCCUUUGUUCUCCUGCACCAUGCAUGCGCUUUGGCCUUGCUUCGUGUUUGGUGCGCAAUCCAGUCGGCUGUAUUUCACAGCACGACAUACUGUUAAAAGUGUUUAUACUAUUUAUGCUUUCAAGUCCAAGUUGAAGAAAUCUUGUUAAAUGUUGACAGCAUAACUACCAAAAUACAGAAGUAUGUCCUUAAUAUUUUUGCAGUGCUAUUUCUGUUGAAAAGUUCAAAUGAUUACAUUAGAGAUGUGAUGUGCCACUUUUC